AUGCCCGCCAAACGCCGCACGGGCCGCAAGAAGCGGGUAUCCUUUUCGCUGCCAAAUGCCUCUGCUAAACAAGCUCCAAUUUCUCCAACUGCGUCUCCUUCGACUCGCAAUUCGCCGGGCAAACCUGCGUCGGGUAAUGUGCCAGCAAACACCUUACCCUUCUGGAUUCGCAGCCCAUUCAACGAGCGAGACACAGCUCUAAAUCGCGCAGGUUACGAACCUAAGUGGACUCCCAAGAGUCCCACUACCGAAGAACCUCCCGCUAAAGUUCCUGCCAAAGCUACCACUCAAGCCCCCGACGACACUGUUGCCGAAAUUGCUGGACCCCCCUCUUCUACGUCAUUUCCAUCAUCCAAGGACUCAACGAAGCCCGCCAAAUCCGCAAUGGCUGAACCCCGUGCACGUGUGGCCCGCCACAAGGGCCAGAUGAACUUUUCCCGCAGAGCGUACGUUCUCUUUCGUCUCCUUCUUCUCGCCUACGGAGAUCCAAGCCCCCACCCGUCCUUCUCCAGCGAGCCCCUCCCCGAAACAGUCCGCGUCCUCGACGAAAUAGUCACCGACUUCGUUCUCGAAGUCUGCCACGGCGCCGCUCAAGUCGCUCACCAUGCCCGUCGCCAGAAGAUCAAGGUCGAGGACUUCCGCUUCGCUCUCCGUCGUGACCCCAACAAGCUCGGUCGUGUCCAGGAAUUGCUGCGCAUGGAGCGUGAACUGAAGGAAGCGCGUAAGGCUUUCGAUCAGAAUGAUGACCAGGUUGCCAAAGAGGCUGGCAAGAAGGGUGCCGCCGCUGCAGCUGCGGCUGCUGCUGCUGGUGAAGACCCCGAGGCCGCCGAGGCUGCUGCUACUGCCGGUGCUCUGAAGAAGGGUAAGGGCAAAGGCAAGCGUGGCGCUGGUCCUCGUCGUGGUUCGGAUGCUACUGAGGAGUCUGUUCCCAAGAAGCGCAAGACUCUGAACUAG